UCGAACGCCAACAAGGAAAGCGUUGUUUCGCGCUCGUUUUACUUUUCGGUGUGUUAAUAACGUAAACUGUAGGCUAAAUCCAUCCGCAAAUCAUGGACAACGAUCGGUUAACACAGUUACCCAUGUCCCGGAUCCGUACUGUCAUGAAGACCUCCCCCGACAUGGGAAACAUCAACCCGGAAGCACUGUUCCUAAUGUGCCGUGCAGCCGAAAUGUUUAUUGAACACAUGGCAAAGGGAGCCCACCGUCCGGGGAAGAAAUCGCUCGAGUACAAAGAUCUCGCCCAGUACGUGGAAAACGAUGAUAAGCUGGAGUUUUUGCAGCAGAUCUUGCCGAAGAAAAUUACCGUCAAACAGUACAAAACGAUGAUGGCGAAAGAGCCUGCGACGGAUGAGGAUACAGACAGCGAGGAAGAAGAGGAGGAGGAGGGGGAGGAGGAAGAGGAAGCAGAAGAGGGAUCCGACAACGAGGAGACGGAUCAGGAAGCAGACGAUGACGAUGUGGUAGAGAUAGUGGACGAUGUGAAGCAGGCGGGCAAACAGCAGGAGCAAGACAGUGAGGAUUCGGCAUCCGAUAGUGGAGAAAGCAAUAGCGUGAUAUCCAUCGAUUCUAGCUCCGAUGAGAAGGAAAAUUCCAAAAACGUAAGCAAUAAGAAAUCACCGUUAAAUCACAAAACAGGCGAUUCGCCGUAAGGGGCGCA